GCACGAAAACUUGUAAGAUUGAGAUCAAGAUUGUUUUGGUUAAGGAAAAUGUCAGUGUGACGUGCAAUAACAACAGCUGGCAGGACCCCGCCAUAGUGCCAGGGCACCGAAGGAUCACUGAACAAUCACAGGUCGAAACAGCAGCAGUACCAGCAACAUCAAAGUGUGUGCUUCACUGCUUCCUGUCCCUCUUGCUGGUUGCCGCUGCCGCUCGUCCAUCACGACGCCCACCCGGCACAUGCCGCAUCGCUGUCUGCCUCACCAACGCCAACCAACUGCCUGACAGAACCUCACAGACACUGUGCUGAGGCUCAUCCAUACACCAGUCGAAUAACCAGCAGGAAGAGUCAACACCCAUGCAGAAUGGCAGACCCCCAGACACUAAAGAAGGGAGCUCUUGUGGCAGCCACCUAUGAUACUUUGCUACAGGUUGGCUUGCGCAUCAUGUCAUUUGUGCUGAAUGCAUUUAUUGUGCGCCACGUGAGCCAUGAGGUGUUUGCUGUGAUGACAGUUCGUCUUCACCUGCUGUAUGCCACAGGGCUGCUGCUGUCUCGGGAGGCUUUCAGGCGUGCUGCUCUCAGCUCCAAAGGCUCUGGUCAGGUCUUCAAGCUUAUUAACCUGAUAUGGAUUGGGUGGGUGGUGUCGGUACCAGUGGGAUGCCUUGGGUAUGGUGUGUGGACCUGGGUGAUGGCACAGCCCCCACUUGCAAUAGCACCACAUUACGAGACAGCAGUUGUCUGUGUGGCGGCCAGCAUUGUGGUGGAGGUGGCAGCUGAAGUACCCUUUGUCCUGGCAGAGCUGCAGCUGUGGAACAAGACAAGGGUAUCGAUUGAAGGUCUGAUGCAAACACUGCGCUCUUUACUGCUGGCAGCUUUUAUCUUCCUGUGGCCUAGUCAAUCAGUGCUCCUCUAUGGGAUUAGUCACCUGUUUGGCUCCUUUGUCUAUGCUGCUUCCUACUACAUCCUCUUUGCCUAUGUUCUACGCAGAAAAGGUGGAGCUAAGACAUUGCCUGUCCAUAGUUUUUGGCAGCUCUUCCCAACCUGGGAACAAGGAAAGUGGGUGCCAAGUGUUGACAAGGAGCUUGGAGGGUUGGCCUGGAGCUUCUUUCAGCAAGGUUGGUUGAAAGAAGCACUCACUGAAGGAGAAUUCUAUCUCAUGAACUUCUUCCCUCUCAUUUCUUUGGCACAACAAGGUGUCUACCAGGUAGUGAACAAUUUGGGAUCCCUGGCAGCACGUCUUGUGUUUCGCAGUAUUGAAACAGCAGCGUACAAAUAUUUUGCUCAGAUGAUGGACCGUGGCAAGCCAGUGGCUGAGCAGAACCAGAAACACACAGCAGAGGUUGUGCGGUUCCUGUCCACCCUCCUGCACAGCCUGGUCCUGGUCAGCCUCAUCAUUGUUACUUUUGGCUGGUCUUACUCUAGCCUGGCUCUACAACUGUAUGGAGGUGCUCAUUUGAGUGAGAGUGGGACACACCUCAUGCGAGCUCAGAGUUUUUAUGUGAUCUUCCUGGCCAUCAAUGGCAUCACAGAGGCCUACACCUUUGCUGCCAUGAGUGACUCACAGCUCCAACGGUUCAACCGGUUCUUGGUGUUCUUCUCUAUCAGCUAUGUGGGCAGUGCUGUAUUGCUGACACAGGUGUUUGGUGCACUUGGCUUCAUCUUUGCUAAUUGCAUCAAUAUGAGUCUCAGGAUAACAUACAGCUUGAGAUUCAUUCACAUGCAGUACCAGAACAGUUGUCAUGACCCUCUGGCCUCACUGCUUGUUCAGCCAAAACUUCUCCUGGUGUUUUUGGCUGCUUGGGUCAUCACAUCAACCUCUGAGAGUAUUGUGCAUCCCCUGAGUACAGUGGUUCACAUAAGCAUUGGGGCCUUCACUCUGCUGGGUGUGGUGUUUGGCCUGCGGUGGGAGUUGAGGCCACUGCUGGAGAAGGUUUUGGACUCUAUUGCCUCAGUCAUGACAAAGUUCCUCCCAGUAAGGUGGCACCACUGCCUCCAGGUGACAUUGUUGGGUUCUGUACGCAAAAUUCUGUAUAACACGUGAUCUUGGUAGAACAAUAAAUUUAAAUUAAUUUAAAAUGAAACAGAUAUUGUAUUUAUGAUGAAGUACAUAAGAUUUCAUAGCUAGAAAAAAAUAUGCAUCAUCAUCAUCAUCAUCGUCAUAGUCAUCUUUGGUAGCCUGUGAUUCUACCUUUGUCUAGAAAGAUCUUUUAACCUUCUCACUUCCACCUGGCUUGAGGAGUGACGGAUUGGGAAUAUUACAGGAACUCCUUCAUUCCUUGUUCUGGAUCACACUGUAGUUGAUAAUACACUCACAACAUUAUAAAUACAAUUCAUAAUAUUUUCAUGUCUAAUCAUACCAAUGUAUAAUACAUUUUUCAAUACCCUGUCACUUCAUUAUAUCUCUCUCACUCCUAUUCCAUUCACCUCUAAUGAAUCAGUUAACCACUAUUCUCAAUCAUUCAUCCCAAUCUCUGCUAUACUCUGGAACUCCCUAUCUACUAAUAUAAGGUUGGCAUUGCCAUAUAUUAACUAUCAAAAUUCUGAACAUCUUCACUAACACUUGACAUAAUAUUGGAAAACAUGUAAAUAAAGAAAAAAAAAACUCA